ACAAGAGUCAACAUGCAAGAAAAAAGAAGUCAAUCACUGUGUGGAAUGUAAUUGCAAUUGCCCAAUGGAGUUCAAAGAGGGGCGUCAAGCAGUUGACUUGGGUAUUUGCUUUUGGUUCUCUGCUUAGGAAAUGAAGAAACCCUUUUAAAACCAUCGGAGGAGCGUGUGAAUUGUGAAACCAAUUGGUACUUUGAGAAGGUGAAGGAGAAGGAAAUGGACAUACAGCAGUCAUGGAGGGUGAGAUUGUCCUUCAAGAACGCGACGAUUGUCUUGACAAUAUUCAAUGUGAUCACUGCCCUUUUCUUGCUCCAGGGCUUUCUCUCCUCUGCCUCUUACAGCAACAACAGACUCUUAUCUAACCAAUUUAAUUCAGUUCAGCUGAGGUACAUCAAGGAGUCUGAAGAAAUACGCCUUGCCAGGCAACCUUGGGCACUGAUAAAAAGAGUGAAGGAAAUUGAACAGGAAGCAUAUGCAGAACCAGAAGUAGUACAACAGAAAGAUACAAAGCAAACUGCUGCUGUUGAUCUUUCUAAAAGAUUAAAGGAUUUGCGUUCUAUUAAUGAUGCUGCCAGCUUGAAAGCUCUGGAGGAAUGGCGUAAAAGAAAGAUGGAACGAGCCAGACUACGGGAACGGGAGAAGAAUGGAACAGGGACCUCUCAAGCUUGAUGACCUUCCACAAUUGGUUGUUCCAAUAAUUAUGUGGACUUCAAACCUUCUGCUCCAUAAAAGUUAUUUCAAAAUGUAUACGUGUAUAUAUUGCAACCAUAAUUCCAUGAAAAAUAGAGCACUUGUAUUUGCCAUCUCACAGAUCAUUUUAUUAUUAUUAUUUUUAUUAUUGCAAAAA